AUGUCCGGCAAUGGCUCUGCACCCUCGACGAAGAGGAAGCUACCUCCGACAUUCCAGCAUCUUCCAGAGCACCAGGGAAAAAAGCUGAAAAAGCUGUGGGUCGAGAAGCAAAAAAUCAAGAGCAAAUGGAAAGCAGAGAAACGGAAGGAAGGCAUUGUGACCAACAGAGAUGUUUCAGCUCUUAUAAAGAGAGAUGACCGAGAUGCCAAUGCAAACAGCGAGGAAGAAGUCGAGCAAGAGCAGAAUCGGUCAGACGACAUAACCUCUGAUGAGGACGAGGAAAACCCUUCAGCAUCUGAAUCCAUGCCAGGCAUAAGCCGUGACAAGGAUGCGCAGGCCGAGGAUGAGAGUAAACCCACGCUACGCGAGCUCGAGAAACAAGCAUAUUCACGUUCCUCUCUUCAUCACCAUAAAUCCGAUCCCUUGCAUCGGAGAGGUCGUGGGCAGGUAACAAGGUCAGAGGGCAGGGGAGGUGGGAGAGGGAGAGGCGGGAGAGGGAGAGGUGGGGGAAGGGGAAGGGGAGCAGACGGUGGACGAGACAGGGAAAGCGGAAGAGGCGGGAGAGUGAGAGUGGGAGGACAGCCCGACAUGCGCCUGAGGAUGUCUGCGAUGUUGGAGAGAAUCAAGCGAGAUUAUUCUUAA